UUAGACUGUAAUUAGGGAAUCUGGUAGAACUUUCUUGGUGACGCUUGGCUUUUCUUCUGCUUUUGGAGAGAAAGUGCCUCCUUCUUCCCAGGAUCAGGACCUCUGCCAUCCAGAGCCGCAAAGAGACAUUCUGCACACGCACACGCACACACACACUCACACACGCGCACACACACUCGCCCAGAGACAAACUUAAGGUGAGGGGAAAAAGCGCUAGCUUCACUUGAUCUCCAGGUUCCAACAUCAGCAGGACUCGAGAGCAUCUGAGCUUCUGGAUUUCAGGACAAGGGAGGAAGAUUCUUUGGGCUACAAAGAUGAAGAGGCUACUUCUUCUGGUGCUGAUUUCAGUGUGCUGGGCUGAUCAUCAUUCGAACAACUACACUCUGGAUCAUAACAGAGUUAUUCACAUUCAAGCAGAAAAUGGCCCUCGUCUACUCGUGGAAGCAGAACAAGCCAAGGUGUUCUCACGCAGAGGUGGCAAUGUUACACUGCCAUGUAAAUUUUAUCGAGACCCUACAGCAUUUGGCUCAGGAAUCCACAAAAUCCGAAUUAAGUGGACCAAGCUAACUUCAGAUUACCUCAAGGAAGUGGAUGUGUUUGUUUCCAUGGGAUACCAUAAGAAAACCUAUGAAGGCUAUCAGGGUAGAGUGUUUUUGAAGGGAGGCAGUGAAAACGAUGCUUCUCUGGUAAUCACAGACCUCACCCUGGAGGAUUAUGGGAGAUAUAAGUGUGAGGUGAUUGAAGGAUUAGAAGAUGAUUCUUCUGUGGUAACAUUAGAGUUACAAGGUGUGGUGUUCCCUUACUUUCCUCGACUGGGGCGCUACAAUCUCAAUUUUCAUGAGGCGCAGCAGGCUUGUCUGGACCAGGAUGCUGUGAUCGCCUCUUUCGACCAGCUGUACGACGCGUGGCGAGGCGGGCUGGAUUGGUGCAAUGCCGGCUGGCUCAGCGAUGGGUCUGUGCAGUACCCCAUCACAAAGCCCAGAGAACCCUGCGGAGGCCAGAACACCGUACCCGGCGUCAGGAACUACGGGUUUUGGGAUAAAGAUAAAAGCAGAUAUGAUGUUUUCUGUUUUACAUCCAACUUCAAUGGCCGUUUUUACUACCUGAUCCACCCCACCAAGCUGACCUAUGAUGAAGCGGUGCAAGCUUGUCUCAAUGAUGGUGCUCAAAUUGCGAAAGUGGGCCAGAUAUUCGCUGCCUGGAAACUCCUCGGCUAUGACCGCUGCGAUGCAGGCUGGUUGGCAGAUGGCAGCGUCCGCUACCCCAUCUCUAGGCCAAGAAGGCGCUGCAGUCCCACCGAGGCUGCUGUGCGCUUCGUGGGUUUCCCAGAUAAAAAGCAUAAGCUGUAUGGUGUCUACUGCUUCAGAGCAUACAACUGAGAGUGCCUCUAGAGCACGUCAGUUUUAGAGUCAGAGAAACAUGUGAACGGUUUGUUUUUGUUUUGUUUUUUUCCCAGUAUGAACUCAUGCAAGUUACCAAAACUGUGAUAACCCUUUUUUACUUACUGUAAAGAGUCAUUUUCAUAAAAUCCAAUUCAUUAGUUUUUGUAAAGCUAUCAUUCAAUAUAUAUUAUAAAUUAAUAUAAUUUUAAGGGAAGCGCUACAUAAGGAGGGUUUAGAGCCAAACUGUUUAAGCUACAUCAUCCCAACAAAGUAUUCUUUUGUGAAUGGGGCAUGCGAUAGCUUGAGGAUUGCUAGGGUCGUACAAGGAAAGUAAAGCUACUCAGAGCAGCAGCUUCCAUAAGCACAAAUUUUACACAUUUGUACAAUUUUGAAAUGCACUACAAUACACAAAUUACAGCAACAGAUUUGAAAAAUAGGCUUCUUUACAUAAAGUGAGAUUGAGAGGUUGCACAAAACUCAGUUUCCCAAGGGAAUAGCUUACACUUUUCUAAAAGUUAAUAUUUCAAGUCUCCGAUAGAUAGAAUGUCUUACUCUUUAAAAUCCUGCCUUUAUGACCAAAAAAGAUAAAAUUUCAUAUGGACUCCAAUGCAUAGUAAUAAGCACAGUUAAAACUCCUUAACAGUCCCGUUUAUAUGAAGUAUGAAACUUAAAUAAAGCAGAUAUUUAACCAAUGAGAGAAUCCUACCUUCUAAUUAAAAUGACAUAUGUCUGAGAAGAAUUGUUUUAUCUUUUGAGUAGCUUUACUGAGUUAUAUUUAAAUCCUAAGGGCCGUUUGCUAAGCAGCAUUUAGCAUCUACUCAGGGCAGUUAUAUAGAUAAACUGCUGGACAGAAAAAUUGUAAAAUUUAGCAGCUUGAUUUUAUGUUAGCUUAUGAAAUGUUAUUGUCCUAUAAAAAUAACUUUAAACUAUUUAAUAUUUCUUUGUUAUUUACAUUACUUAAAAAAUUAAAUCAUAAAAGGAAUGAAUAAUUAUACACUUGCAUAACCAAGAAAUAAAGACCCAAAUUUCAAAAGUCUAACUAUUCCUACUUGUAUACACAUUAGAAAGCCCAACGGGUGCCUGUGUUUGGGGCAAAAAGUCCACGAUGUGCUUCUAAACCUUUGUCCAUUUAGAAAGUGUGCUCUCUGAUGGUACUUUCCUUGCUGGUCAUCAUCUGGCUUAAAUGGAAUUCUGGAGCUGUCAUCAAAGAGCUUACACUAAAAUCUUCAGGGCUUUAAAUGAUAGGUUAAGUCCAGUUUCAGAGAAACAAAGUUCCACAUUAGCAGCUCCAGUCUUAAAUAAAAGUCUGUUUUCUUAAGGGUUUUUUUGUUUGUUUGUUUGUUUUUUUUUCACUGUUGAGACCCUACAGGGACCCAUAUUUGUAUUCAAAUUCCAUUUUAUGGUUUCCCAUUGUUUCACAAUGAGUCCUAAUAAAUGGGGUUUAGGAUAAUAAUCCAAGUAUGACAUAGCUGGUAUGCUUUCAUGAAUGUUUUUAUGUAGAUUUUCUCCCAUGAACAUGAGUAAAUAAAUCUGUUUCCUGAAUUGAUUGUGGUUGCAUUUAAAGCUCUGUAAUCAUUCUAAUAAAUUUACUCUAUAAAUGUAGAGUUAUAUAUGUGGAAGGUAUAGGACAAUUGGAAGUCCAUGAAAACUAUAGCUAUGUUCAUCUAUUAUCUAGACAAAAUAUUGUAAAUAAAAGUAGAUAAUUUCUUUCAUCAAAAGCAUAUCUGGAAAUUUGCAGAUGCUUUAAUAUUAAAAUAUGACAAUGUAUGCAUGCACAUUUUUAAAUUAGGAUACAUAUGCAAAUUGUACAAAAAAAUAAAUCCAAAGAGAUUGUGAAGUUUAACUCAAAACACUGUUGGUAUGAACAGAACGCACACUUACAAACUAAAAAGCCUUGAAUGGGCUAGGAUCAGAUGAAGAUACUAUUUAAAGAGGAGAAUAUCUCCAAAACAGCAACUCUAAAACCUCAAUUAUGGGGGUUAGCUCAUUGAAGGGAGCCUGUAUUUGAAGAAUUAUUACGUAUGUUACAAGAAUUUUAUUAGAAAUACAAGUGGGAACAAAUUUCUAUUGAAGUAGUUGUAUAAUUUUCAGUUAUUGCUGCAGAACUCUACCUUUAUAAUGUUAAGCAUCGUAGCUUUCUUAACUUUUCGAUACUUACUAGUAUAAGAAUUGGUGCUGAUCAAAAUUUCUGGAAUGACUGUUAGCUGAUUAAAAUCCAUACUAAUUGCAUAUCAUUUUUUUCAUUCUUGUAAAAAGAAAAUCUUACCAGAAUGAAUACUGCUGGGCAGAGUUUUUACCUCUUAUUUCACCCAAAGGAUCAGAAUCUCCAUAUCUUUUGGAUUUCUACUUGAAUGAGGGGUCUUUUUAAUGCUCUCAUUUUGCUUUUUCCACCAAAUAUCCAUUUCCUGCUUCAUCCUCCGGUGAGAAUGUCUGAAAAAGAAAGUUUAUCCUAGUCUAAUUCCUAAACAGAAAGUCAUUAUGGCACUGGCUAAUUCAGAAAUGCUACUCAGACUUGGGUUCCAAGAGUACCAGAGGGAUGAGAUGAAAGGUUGGAUUAGGAAAUCUUGCUAUGAUCAUUUUAACCAUAAUUAACAUUUGCAGUCCAUAUACGGAACAAAGUAUCUUUGCAAAUCUCACUUAGAUGCCUACAUUUGAAAACCCAAACAAAAAGAAAUAAUUCACAUAAAAAAACAGUAUAGGAAUGAAAACAAGUUAGUCACAUUAACACUGGAAGCUAUAUUUUAAUGACUGCUGCCAUAUUUUAUCACAGUAAUUUUUAGUCAAACAUGGUAUUUGUAAAUUCAAACUUUCUCUCAUAGAAAGGGGGCUGGUACCUGUUAAGGUUUUACUUUAUGCAAUAAUAUAGCCGCUUAUUAUUUUGGCAAUUAGGAUUAGACUCAAUGGAGAUUCCAACUUGGUUGCUGGCAACCAUACUGAGUUUCUUGACUUCAGUGCUCCAAAUAAUAUGGUGGUCUCCUGGAGUAACUGACCACUAAAGAAGGGAGGAUUACAAAGGAAUUACUUAUCAAUUUUCAGCAUAGAACGCUUGGAGAAAGAUCAAUGAGUAGCUGACAUUUUUGUUGAGAAGUUAACUGUCAUAGCUCACUACGGCCAGAGUAGCAAUAGUGUACAACAAAAGAAAUGAAAAAAUAUAAAAGUCACUAAACCACCUGAUUAAAAGAAAAUCAGUAUUUAAAGGCAUUUAAUACAUACUGAGUACAAAUCCGAGGAGAAAAAACAAUCUGUAUUAAAAAAAAAAAAGAAAAUGUUUUCAUUUUUCUGUAAGACAAUGGACUGGUAAACAUUAAAAGUCAAUUUUAUGUUACUGCA